AUGGAGCUGCAAGAAGUGCUUAUCGUACCUCCCGAAGAGCACAAACCACGAAAAUCUCAACAGGAACAAAUCGAGCUUAUCAACCAUCAUCAUAAACAUUUCGGAAGUUAUGUAUUUUUUGUUGCAAAAUGUCUCAGGAUCGAUUUACGCGAGCCGGGACCAACUAGAAAAAUCAAUUUGGCACUGGCAGGAAUAAUGUUUCUGAUAGCCACUUACUCAAUAUGUUUCAACAUUAAAAUCACAUUCUCUACUCGGCAUUUAUCAGCAGAGCUUGCUGCUCAACUUCUGAUUAUAUUGUGGGCAGUUCAAUCAUUGAUUUCAAUGGGUUUUCUAAUUUAUUGGCAAGUUUAUGGACAUUUGUCGGAGUUCAGGUCAAAACUGGCGCAGUGUCAGAAUUUGAAAGGAUUGGCUAGUGAGAAUGGAGAUAAGUAUGUGGAAGUGACAACCCGAUGCUUCUUUUCUGCAAUCUUCCUGACUUGCUCCAUAACGGCUGCUCUCGCAACCAAGUAUCAUUUGGAAGAGAAGCAUACCGAAUUCCAGGAGAAACAGUCAUUUAUAUUCUUUUACCCGACUCUCCGCCCAUUGUACACUCUUGUCACCACAUAUCUCUACAUUGUGUUCAAUAUGACUCUCUUCAUUCUAAUCCACUACACCAAUGCAACAAUGUUAGAGAUGAGAUAUUUCAAUGAUGAAAUCUCAAAAUUCAAUGGUUCCGGAGCCGGAGCAUCAGAGAAGUUGAUUCAACAUUUGGAGAUUUAUAGCGAUUUGGUUUCGGUGAUCAGACAUUUGGAUAGGAUUUUCAGACUCUACACCUUCAUUAUGAUAGUGAUAACAAUACCAUCAAUGAUAUUCACAUUAAUGAUGAUGAACCAUAGAAUUCAUUCCUUUUUUGAUCUGGUUCUGUGUAUGCCAACCAUUGGAUUGUGUGCAUUUAGUUUCUUUGCUGUUACAAUUGCUCCAGCAAGGUUGCACGAUGAGAUCUGUCGCUCGAAAGGCUAUCUGUGCCAGAACCGAUCCAUCUGGUUCCCAUAUCGAAAAGAAGUAUACCUAAUUGCUAACACCCUUUGUUCUCAUAUGGAACAAUUCGAUUUGGGCGUCUCUGUUUGGGGUUUCGCCCUUUUAUCGAGACCUCUUAUUUUGGGAACACUCUCAGCGACUGCAAUGAUGUUGUCAUUGUUGACCGAACUCGCGCCGAAAGCCGAAUUGUUGAAUGAAGUUUAA